UCAGCAGCUAAGUGAUCAAUGGCCAUGAAACCCAGAAGAAAGUUCCUCCAUUUAUACGCAGAGGAAGCUCUCUGUUUCUCCGCCUUCCUUCUCUCCCUCUUCAUUUACUUCUCUGCUUUCAAUCUCUCUCUCUCCACUCUCUUCCGCCACACCACCUUCUGGUUUUGCCUCUCCAACACUCUCAUUUUCAUCAUCGCCGCCCAUUCCCGCGCUUUCUCUCCGCCCCCCACCUUCAACUCCGCCGCCGUAAUCAUCCCAACCCCACCACAAAAUAACUUCAAUUCCGGCAACCCAACUGAAAAUCAUCAACAACAACAAAUCCCACUUCCCACUGGCCAAAUUGAAUUUGGGUUAAUUAUUUCAGAAAUUUCGAUUAAUAAUUCGAGAAAAUCUUACGAUCCAAGCAAGUCGGAGAAAGCGAUGAGAAGAGUUGCUAAGGAAACGAAGAUGGCGAUGAGGAGAUCGAAGACGAUGACGAGAAAUGAGAAAGAAGAGACGAAGAAUGAGUUAGCGGAGAUGUCAAAUGAAGAACUGAACAAAAGAGUUGAAGAGUUUAUUGAACGAUUCAAUAGACAAAUGAGACUUCAAGCGAUUGGAGAUAGCAAUGAGGAGUAGAAUGGACCAAUA